CCUAUUCCAGCACAAAUCCCUUGAAAUCUCCGCUCCAUUUAUUCCCAUCACCUCUAAAAUUUAUCCCACCUUUAUCUCUCCGUCAUUGACCCCUCUCCAGAUGACAAACCCAAACCCCACCGUGCGAGACCAACCAACCCCUCUCCAGAUGACAAACCCAAACCCCACCGUGCGAGACCAACCAUCCCAGACGAAUAAGUAUGCGCAAAAGUCUUCCUACAUUUUAUUCCAGCUCGAAACAUUCUCUCCAUAUGAGAGGGCGAAGAACCGAGGAUAGGAUGCCGAGAAGAGAGAGAGAAGAACAAACGACGCCGAUCGCCCAAUCGAAACCGCCACCCCCGCCGCUGCCAGCGGCAGCUGCGGCUGCGGCGGAGGAAGAAGAGAUGGAGCCGGCAAUCUGGGGGCAGCUCCCUGACGAGCUCCUUGACCGCAUCCUGGCCCUCCUCCCUCUCCGCACCCUCCUGGCCCUCCGUCCCACCUGCAAGCGCUUCAACUCCCUCCUCGUCUCCCCCUCCUUCCUCUCCCUCCUCCAUUCCCCUUCCUCCUCCCCUGCCUUCCUCCUCCUCUCCCACCCCCAGUUCUCCCACCGCUUCCUCCCCCUCUACGACUCCUUCGCCGACGGCUGGCGCAACCUCCGCCUGCUCCCCUCCGCCGCCGCCUCCCCUUCCCAGCUUCUCUCCUCCUCCUCCGGCCUCCUCUGCUUCUCCCUCCUACCCUCCCGCCCCUCCUCUCUUCUUAUCUUCAAUCUCCUCACCAAAACCUCAAAGUUCGUAUCUUUACCCACCCACGACCCCUUCUCCUUUGCCACCCUUGUCUCCCUCCCCUCCUCUACCCCCCACGGCUACAAGAUCUUCCUUCCUUCCUCCUCUUCUACCUCUGUUUUCGUCUAUGAUUCCGCUUCCUUCUCCUGGACCCGCUUCCCCGGCUUCGACCUCAUCCUAGACCGCGGCAAUUCCCACCAAGAAGGCGUCUUUUUCGACGGUGCCCUUUAUUUCACCACUAAUGAGCCCUUUUCCGUCGUCGGCUUCCAUCUCCAGUCCGGGAAGUGGGAGCCAAUGUCCUCUCCCAGUCUACCGGCCGAGCUAGCCUUCGUGCGGCUGGUGGGCGACGGUAGAAACCGGCUCUACCUCGUCGGUGGUGUCGGGAGGGACGGGAUAUCGAGGAGUUUGAGGGUGUGGGAGCUGGUGGGGAAGGAUGGAGAAGGAAAGGUGAGAGCUUGGGAGGAGGUGGGCCGACUGCCGGAGAUGAUGUGCCGGAAGUUUGUGUCGGUCUGCUACCAUAACUACUCCCAUGUGUACUGCCUCUGGCAUGAGGGGCUGGUGUGCGUCUGCUGCACUACCUGGCCGGAGGUGCUCUUCUACAGGGUGGCGAGGGGUACCUGGCAUUGGCUGCCGCGAUGCCCGAUGCUGCCAGAGAAGUGGAGCUGUGGAUUUCGUUGGUUCUCCUUCGUCCCUGACCUCUAUGCUCUGGUUUGAAGCGUCAUUAUAUAUUAUCUUAUCGCAGUCUGUUUAGCUUCAUCUCAUUUCUAUUAGGCGUUGUAUUGGUUUUGAGUUUGGAGCUCCUUGGAUGUGAUUUUUACAUUUAUUUUUUUUGUUGACGAUAUAUUGUUUUAGGUGUCACAGAUCAUAGUUCUCUUGUAUCUAUUUUUUUUUAUCUCUGAGGGUACAGUAUGUUCAUGUGCUAUUUGAUAUUACAUUAGAUUCUAUCAUUUCUAAUGAGCCUCAAUCUCUUUCCUAUGUUCUAUUCUUGAUUGGAUGGAAUCGGUUUCUGAAAUUGGGGCUACUUGAAUUUGA